GCCACAAAAGUUUAGUAAAUGUAGUCCUGAGGCCACGCUAAAUUUAAUUCAAAUUCAAUGGAGCCUUUCGGUAAUUUUCGAAAGUAAAAUUAAAGAGAUUGUUUACUCUAGUUAUGGCAAAGAAAUAUAUAUGUUCUAACAUCAUGAAAUCAAGAAAAUAUUUCCCAGGUUCCAUGCACCAGAGAGAUGAAUAAUCAUUACUAAAUGUAAAUGUUUGCCAAAGUUGAUGACAGCUGCCACAAUGAUUUCUAACGAGCAAUUCAAUUCAUAAUACGUAGAACUCAGAGGCAUACUACUUCUUAAAAUUUGACAGGUUCUGCUCGCUCACACUGAGUAGCUUCGUUUUCCUUUUCUUACCGUAAUCAGUAAUUUCGGGGUGUAGUUGCUUGAUUGCGGCGCUUCUAAGAAAUACUAAACCUUAAUAUGGUAGAGGGAAAUUCUGUUUACCAGAAUAUUACCAGAAACGCAAGCGUUUUACCAAGGUCAACAAACCAGAAAUGUUUCUUUCUGGACCCGCUGAACGAUUAUAAACCAGGAGAACUUCUGUAUGUGGAAUCAGUGGUUACUACAGCGAUAAAUUUUUUUUGCUCGUUGAUAGCUACUUCGGGAAAUGCAGUUAUCAUUCUCACUUUCUUAAAAUCAGACAAUCUACGCUCGCAAUCUCAUUUGCUUCUGUGGUGCCUGGCUUUUGCUGACUUUCUCACUGGACUAAUUGUUCAGCCGUUUUACGGAGCCUACAAGGUAGCGUAUCUCUUCGGACAUACCUCUGCCUCGUGCACUUGCAGGGUCAUUACAGAGAUAGUCGCCUGGUUUUCGGCUGCGGUUUCGUGUGCGUUAUUCGCUGCUAUUACCGGAGAGCGCUACCUCGCGCUUCACUACCACCUCAGGUACAACGAGCUAGUCACCACGCGAAAGAUUCAGAUGUAUCUUGUCCAUCUCGUGAUUGGUGUAGGAGUACUAAGCCUAUCAAGAUUCGCCGUGAAGAAUGUAAAAAUAUUCUUGUACAUCAAUAUCGCUGGUUUGCUGCUUUCAGUUUUUACUUUGUUGAUAUCUUUCUGGAAAAUUUACAAACAGGUUCGCCGACAUUUCCUUCAGAUACAAGCGCAAAGUUACGUGAGUACAGGACGCCAACCCAUCGAUGUUCAGAGGUUUAAAAGAACCGUCAUCAAUAUGGCGUAUGUUUCCGGUUUGUACAUGGUAUCAUACCUUCCAUUUACGUGUGUUCUAUUUGCGUAUGUGUACGUGGGUUUCACGAGCGAAGUCGAGGCGUUUUAUGACAUCACUCGUACCUUAGCUUUUCUGCCUUCCUCGUGGAAUCCUUUUCUCUAUUUCUGGAAAAUGCACGAGUUACGAGCUGCGGUGAAAAGUGUGAUCGGAAAGGAUUCUGCGCCACUUACUGAGGUCAUGGAGUUGUGACAUAAGUAAACAACGAUUUUUACACAAAUAAAGCGGUGGAAUAGGACCUUAUCCUCCGAAGACAGGAUAUUACCUCUCGCAAGUGUGACAUGAUUGCUUAAACUUUACUUUACAGGUAGUAAGGUACUCGACCUAUCGGUGAAAUUAAUUUUUUUUUUUCUAAAUAAUUUGUCCUUAUUUCAUACUUCUUUCAAAUUUACGAACCAUAGGUAAUAACGCAUAAUUCAUUUCUUUUACAAAUAUGAAAAACAAAUGGGACAUAAAGAACGUUACCGCCUCUUGUUUGGUUUACCGCAGUUAAAUAAAUACAGAUUCAUGGAUUACAAGCAGUCCCUUUUUUUCGGCGAAGUCCGUCGUCCCGACGGCGCGCUUACAUCAAAAUUAACGUUCGCUGAUUUCUUUAUUACUGCGGCGGACUUCGCCGAAAAAGGGGAACUGCUCUUUUUCUAAUAGAUUCGUUGAAUUCCAUACUUUCUUAUCAUGCACGGCUCUUUAUUUAGUCGAAAGCUUCUUUAACAUGUAUCUAAAAUCGUGACUUUUGAAUAUGAUGGUGCACAUUUUGUCGUAUUGAAUCUUUCGGGUUUCGGCUUUAUUGCAGCCAGGCUAUAAAAACGCAGGGUCUUAACAUUACAGAAGAAAUCCGUAAGCGUGCCUCCAUUUGAUAAUGUUGCCUUCAAUGACAAAAUAUUGACCUAUUUGAAUAAACUUUGACUCGACAGGUUAACCCAA